AUGGCUUCAGCUGGUGGCCGACGAUGGCAGCACUUUCUGCAAGAGCUGGUGAUGAUCGCCGGCACGUCCGCAUCCGCAUACUUCCUCAUUCGCUAUCUCCUAUCACGUCUAGAUUUCGAUCCCGAGAGCCAGAAGAAAGAAGAACAACGACGGAAGUCGGCAGCCAUCUUGCGCCGGUUAGAUGGUGGAGAUGAAUCAGAUGAGGAUGCGCCACGCGGUGGGAUUGAGAAACGGGGUCGCCGGCAACGAAAGGGAGAGCUUACUCUCAACCAAUACGAACAAGCCAUCGCAAUGGAUGUUGUUGCUCCGGAGGAUAUUCCGGUGUCCUUUGAAGAUAUCGGAGGACUUGACCAUAUUAUCGAAGAACUAAAGGAGUCUGUGAUUUAUCCCUUGACUAUGCCUCAUCUUUAUGCCUCAACAUCGUCACUCCUGACCGCCCCAUCGGGAGUGCUCCUCUAUGGUCCUCCUGGCUGCGGAAAGACCAUGCUUGCCAAAGCAUUGGCUUCUGAGAGUGGUGCUUGUUUUAUCAACUUACAUAUCUCGACAUUGACGGAAAAAUGGUAUGGUGAUUCGAAUAAGCUCGUCAACGCGGUCUUCUCUCUUGCUCGCAAACUUCAGCCCGCGAUUGUGUUUAUUGACGAAAUCGACGCCGUCCUCGGCACUCGGAGAAGCGGGGAGCAUGAAGCCAGCGGAAUGGUGAAGGCAGAAUUCAUGACACAUUGGGACGGUCUCACCUCGGCCAACUCGAUGGGCGAACCACAACGAGUUGUUGUUCUCGGAGCGACCAACCGGAUGCAGGAUAUUGACGAGGCAAUUCUCCGUCGCAUGCCGAAGAAGUUCCCUGUUUCUCUUCCGCCCGCGCAACAGCGACUUCGGAUUCUUAGCCUCAUUCUGAAGGACACCAAGGUCGACCGGGAUAACUUUGACCUACACUACUUGGUUAAGAACAUGGCCGGCAUGUCUGGGAGUGACAUCAAAGAGGCAUGUCGAGAUGCCGCCAUGGUCCCCGUCCGAGAGCUUAUCCGGCAGAAGAAAGCUGACGGCGCUCAAAUGACUUCCGUGGACCCCCAUGAAGUCCGCGGCCUCCGCACCGAGGAUUUCUUCUCUCGCGCCGGGGGCGUGAAGGUGAUUCCACAGCCAACUCAGUUGCCAACGGGAACUGGCAGGGUUCUGGAGAAGGAAGAUGGCGAAUGGAGCACUGAGGAUGAGACCACCUCGGAGGCCGAUGCUCGUCGCUCCGUUAUGGCUGAACCCCCAGAAUGA